CCCUAUGCUUUAUAAAGAGAUCGCAGUGGUUCUUUAUAAAUGUUCUGGAGUUGGAAGACGGGAGGGCCUUACGGGACAAGUUUUAUUUCUGAGUAGCAUACUAAAACAGAGGUAGCCUAGUGAGUAGGCUACACCGGGAACAUCUUUAUUCUUGAUGUCACAUUUAAGCGAGAGGUAGGAAAAGGCAGGAAUGGCAGACAUUAGGAAGAAACUUGUCGUGGUGGGGGACGGGGCAGGUGGAAAAACAUGUCUACUGAUUGUAUUCAGCAAAGACGAAUUUCCUGAGGUGUAUGUUCCGACUGUAUUUGAGACAUAUGUGGCGGACAUAGAGGUGGACAACAAGCAAGUCCAGCUUGCUUUGUGGGACACAGCUGGGCAGGAGGACUACGACCGGCUGCGCCCCCUCUCCUAUCCUGACACCGAUGUAAUUCUGAUGUGCUUCUCCGUGGACAGCCCGGACUCGUUGGAAAACAUCCCUGAAAAAUGGGUCCCUGAAGUCAAACACUUUUGUCCGAAUGUACCUAUUAUAUUAGUGGCCAACAAGAAAGAUCUGCGCAACGAUGAAAACGUAAAGAACGAGCUGUCCCGGUUGAAGCUGGAGCCUGUGAAAACAGAGGAUGGCCGGGCCAUGGCCAUGCGCAUUGGCGCAUAUGCCUAUUUGGAGUGCUCUGCCAAAACCAAGGAAGGGAUCUGGGAGGUAUUCGAAACUGCAACACGGGCAGCCUUACAAAAACGGAAAACACCAUCAGAAAGUUGUCUUAAAUGCUGUGUUUUGAUGUGAAUCCACGCUAUCUGGAGAACUGUGAAGCGCAGACAAGACUCUUCCGCCGCUGGGAUCUGUGUCUGAACAUGUAGGCCUACGGGAAGUGACCAUGGUUUGAUUACUCCCUUGUAAUCAGUCAACCCUUGGUUAUACUAAAACAAAUGACUGCAAACAAGGUGUUUUGAGCACAUCCGUUGAUCAUCUGAUACCGGGGCGUGUGUGUGUAAAAUGCACUGCUUACUGCAUGUUCUUUGUGCGUCACAUGAUCCCAGUCUGGCCGGUGGAGGGGUAAAAAUGACAAACAACAUGGAAGUGGACGCCUUAUUCACUAAUUUUCCAAUGUGGACAUGUCCUUUUCAAAGGCCUGCUUUCGAGCCAAGGUUUAAAUUGCUCACUUUUGUGUUUCAAAGUGUUUGCAUAUAGGCAAUGCCUUACUGCCAAAGUUAUAAUAAGCAAAGCAGUACAAAAAUUGCACUCGUUAUUUAUGUCCACUUUGUAUUUACAAUACAAUGACUGUAUUUAGUUUGUGAAAUUGCACAGCAUCUGGACACUAGAAUUCAAAGAAAGCUUAGAAGUUCGAGUCAGUGCAAGGAUGCCCAUGGUGUUCUGUAGCCUGUAUCUUCUGAUGUUUUAUGCCAUUUUCAAUAAAGACAGCUUAAGUUUACGGUAAAAAAAAAAAAAUCAGUUGUCUCAGGUUUGUUAGUUGGAGCCUCAACCAAAAAGUAUAUUUUCGACUUCACAAUAAUAAAUGCGUAGUUUAAUAGUUUUUUUAUGCAAUAGGCCAAAUCGAAGGUCUUAGAGACUAUACACAUUAUCCAGCCUUGAAAAGGGCUAACUAUAGAACCAUAUUGACCACUGUAGUUUAGCAAGUUUUCAGGUGGCUACAAUGACUCAAUUUGGGAGGACGUUAAUUAAUAGGGGGUAAUUUGUCCAUACAGCUCACCUGAACCAAAUCAUUUGAACCAUACAAAGUAGGUAAUACAGUAUCCCACCAUGUUUCUGAAAUCUGAAAUCUACUUGUCUCACAUGUAGGCUGGCAUAUCUCAGCUGUCUCAAUACUUUUAGCUAUUUAGCUACAGCUUCAUUUACAGUUACGGUGGUGAUAUUACCAAGGGAAGAUUGAGCAUUUAAGAUGGUUUAGCAUGUGAGUGCUUCACUCAGUGAAACAUGUUUUUUAUUUAUUUUUAUUUUUUUGAAAAUUGUCAGCAAAAGAAGAGCAGGCUAUGUCAGAGCUCAAUGAGCAAGAAGCACACACUUAUGUGAGAGUGUGGCAAUUAAAAUGGAUGGAAUUGUAUUAUAUAUUAAAACCACAGUCUUAUAAUAAUUACACAAACUGAACUAAAUCUGACUAAAACACUAGGCAAAAAUUAAGUGUUCAGUAGUGAUUUCUUUUCUGAAGAUGUUAAAGUUUGUUUACAGCACUACAACUGAAUUAGGAACAAAAACAUCUUAAUGUCUUCCUUUAUGACUGCAUGUAUCUCACAUGUAUUUGGAGCUUUGAAGUUAGCAACAGAAAUCAAUGUAUUUGAGUUUAUUUUUCAUACUUCUACGUCUGAUCUGACUAGAAAUGUUGUGUUACUUUUCCCUUACAGAUGAUGUGAGCGCUUGUUGUUAAAAUGACAGCUAUGAUUAUCAAUUACAGACGGUGUUGCAACACUGGAAAUUCAGGGUAAAACCCUGGUGGAUUUACUAUGCACUUUAUUAUCUUUGCUUUAAACAUGUCAUUUUUUCUGUGGUUCAGUAAACAGUAGUAACCAUAGUGAAGAUGAAUCUGAGUUUUAAAAAAGUAUCUUUUAUAAAUCCAGCCAGAGUCACAAUGGUGUAAAAGUCACAUUCCUCCCUGUCUUCUGUUGCUGGGCUUUUUGCUGACUUACAGGACAGGAAUGCAUUGUGCUGGACUGGUUAAUUUUCCCACACUGGCCCCCCUCAUGUGCCUCAUUUCCAAUGUUGUUAGGUUAUUAUUCACUGAUCAGACAAAGCAGAGCAUGUUUUUCUUUAAUUUUCUUGUUUUGAAAAAUAAAACAAUGGAAUUUUGGAGAAGAAAAAUGCUGAAAAUGUGCCAAACAUAUUUGUAAGAGUGUGUCAAAUUAUGACCACAUUGUUGCAAUGACAUCAUUUCGUUUGAAUGGAACAAUGAAAUUUGUUGUGAGGAAAAACAAUCCAGAAUGUAAGGGAACAAGCGGUACUGUUUUGGGAAAGCCAAUAAAAAAAAUCAAUUUGUGUCACCAUC